AUGGCGGCGCAGCGUCUGGGCAAGCUCGUGCUGGGCAAGCUGCAGCCGCCGUCGCGGGCGCGCGGCCCCGGGGGCAGCCCCGGCGGGCUGCAGAAGCGGCACGCGCGAGUCACUGUCAAGUACGACCGGCGGGAGUUGCAGCGGCGGCUGGACGUGGAGAAGUGGAUCGAUGGGUGCUUGGAGGAGCUGUUCCGCGGCAGGGAGGCAGAUAUGCCAGAUGAGGUUAACAUUGAUGAACUGCUGGAAUUGGAGAGUGAAGAGGAAAGAAGACGGAAAAUCCAGGGACUCCUGAAGUCAUGCACAAAUCCCACAGAGGAUUUCAUCCAGGAGCUGCUGGCCAAGCUACGGGGGCUGCACAAGCAGCCAGGCCUCCCACAGACCAGUCCCUCAGAUGAAGGCAGCCUGAGCCCCGGCCAGGACCAGGCCCACACUGCUCCUCCCUGACUCCAGCAUGCUUCUGUGUCCAACAGCCUGGCUCGUUUAUAAGUCAUGUUUAAUGGUUCUGUAACAAUA